AUGCAUGGACAAAAGACUGCAAGUAUCAGUAAGGUAGGACAGCAUGAUGAGAAUGCAUGAAACUGAACUCGCGCUUCUUGUUCAUUAAUAUAAUUAUUUCUUCCGUGGACACAACGAGUUUUUUAUGUUGUCCUCCAGAUGUCAAGAAAUCGAUUAGGGUUUUAUAUUAGAUUAACGUAACUUAAGGAAGUUAAAUUUUUGCAGAUCAGCCGCGCUAAUGACACCAUUUCGGUGCAACUGACAUCUAUUGCGUGUGUGUGAGAGGAAGUUGCGCAAAUUAUUGCAUAUUGGCGUGGUUAUUGUCAUAUUGUGCAUGACUCUCAAGUGUACAAACUCGGAAGGAAUUAAAAAAUGCAACCAACAAACACAAUAUAAAAUGGAGAAAUCAAGUAAUAAACAAUCAUUCUCUUUCGUAGCUGCAGAUGCAAUGAAUAGCGUUGUCCGCAAUUGACGUCACGAAAAUUCGACCCCCCGCGAAGACUCAGACAAACAUUGGCAACAUUUAAUAUAAAUAGUAUUAUGAUUGAGAGCUUCCUGUGAGUUAGUUUGAUAGUUUGAUGUUUGUUUACGGUUUAUUUGUGCGAAAUCAUACACACCUUGUACUUUUCGCUUUACCUGAAGUGCUAGUGCAAAAUAUUUUUGCUUUGGAAGUAGAAAUAUACACUUUUUCGUCACUUUAGUAUAGACUGUCGUCGUUUCUAUCAUAAGCGGUGUCUACUGUAUUAUAAUAGUACAUGGUUUGGCGUGACUGUUGCUAUAAAAGAGGCCAUAAAGAAAGGGUAUGCAAAAGAAAGGGCAAUAGAAAGUCUGUAGUAGCAGAUAUUUAACCGAAAAAAUCUCGUAGUCGUACCAGAUUUAAUUCGUAGCCCUAGCGAAUCAGUUCUAAAGUUCCCUAUUUAAUGUUGUUGAUUUCAUGUUUAUACUAACUUAUAUGGAUUUUAAUACUCGCUUUAGUGUACAUUAUUUUAUUACUUUAGACAUCUCUAUAAUUAAUAGCAAAGUCCAAAGCCAAAGAAGCUAGGAUUGUUUACUAUAAUCUAUUGACUACAUAUUCAACUUAUAAAAUACGGAUUUAUUAGGAAUGUAAUUAAAACUAAUACUUUCAAAUUUAAACUUUUUUAAAAAAUGUCAAAGAUAAACUACAAACUAUAUAAAAUCUCAAAUAUAAAAUCUUCCGUUGACCAGUAUUUUGUUUUGACAAUACAACAAAAAUAUGUUAUUAUAAAAACAACAUUUUUAUUUAUCUAUUUUUAAAUAUUCAGUUUUGUAUUAAAAAUAGAGAACCUCUCUUUAACACUGUGUUAAUUAAUAGCCUAACACUGUCUGGUAAACUAUUGCUUCUCUCUCAGUCAUAAAUUUAACAACAGACGCUCUCACUGAAAACGAUGGCGUCCCAGACUCAUAUUUUGAGCAUGAUCCAUCAGCUUAUACUGUCGAUUAAACAAAGCAAAGCGGAAUAAAACGCCAAGUAAGCGGUAUUAUAGCAAAGCGCCGGUAUAAAACGCCAAGUUCUUCUUCAGCGAGUUCGGGAAAGCAUCAUUCGCUGGAUGUAUUGACGGGGGGAAAUGGUUAGCUGCGAGAGUUCUUGGAGAAAAACCAGCAUAGUCCGCAGUCAAUAACAAUCAACACAUUGCUACUGCAGACAUUCCCGUCCCGUCCGACUUUUCAAUUCCCUGUUUCGGCAGUUUUUCUUAGUAUCUCGAAUCACUUGGACAUGUUCCCCAGCAACAGUGCUUAGCAUUAACCAUGUUUGUAAUUUGGGAUAAAUUUGAAUUCGUUUUAGCACAGAUAAAAUAAAUAAAAACGUCAAUUUAGACCAAUUUAUGUUCGCUGCUAGUACAAUUCUAUACAAAAUGUUAGUUUGUUUGUCUGAGUCUCGUGGGGGGUCUUCACUUAGAAAAUCUAUUUUUAGCUACUGCGGACAACGCUAUUGAAAAUAUGCAUGUAUGAUAAUUGCACGGCGUUUUUUUACAGUUUGUUAAUAAAUAGACAGUCUCUGAUUUAAUUAGAUACAUGCCUUCGACAUUUGUUUUUUAUUUUGAUUCUAUAAUUAGAAGAAGACAAUUAACUAUAGAAUUUUCCAAAAAGAAUGGUAAUUGCCUAUGCUAUAUAGGUAUAUGGCAACAAUAAUUUCAAUAUGGCGGACAUUUUAAGUUUAAAGUAAUUUACUACUAAAAUAAGUUCUGUGACCCUCAUUUUUUAUUUUAUAAAAUGAUUUGAAUUACGUUCAUGAUUAAAAAAAUUCUGUCGUGCAAACAUUUUUCAAACAGUAGUAAUUUAAAUGUGCUAAUUCCCAAUAAUGUUUGGAAUAACAUUUGUUUUUUUUUAAAUCAUGAGAAUUCAAAAUACUAAAAGAGAUUAUUUAAAUGAAAUAAAAAGUGAGGCCACUAACUUUAUUUAAGUUACUUUAAACCCAGUUAUCAGUGAAAAUACAUUGUUGCCAUAGCAACGGCAGUCAUUGAUUUUUUGAAAAGUGUUGAGCCACCUUGGAGUGCAUGCCAUUCUGACUGACGCCGUUUGUCAUAAUGAUUUAUUUUUAGUACAUUUUAGUUAUAGGCCUACUUCUUUUGUUGUCAUGCAGUGUGCAUGCACUGUUAUAUAGCAUAGCAACCGUAUAGAAUAAUUACUGCUGUUUAUAUUUUAUUUACAAUAACUUAUGCAGUCGAUAAUAAAUUCUCUAUCAGCGAAUUCUUAAAAGGCUUAAAAAAUCGAAUUUAUCAAAAUAAUAUCGCUCGAAGCUAUUGUAUUCGACCAUUCGUAAUUAAGAAGAAAACAUAACAUCCAUCAAACAAACUCCCACUCUUUUAAUUGAUUCAUCAGUUUUAAUAUUCGAAGCACUACAGCCCACAUCAAUUAUAAUUUCGUGCGUACAAUUACGUAAAUUGGCGAAGUUUUCAAGUGUCUUAAUGUAUUUGUCCGGCUAUAGCUCUUAAGAUAUUAAUUAAUUAAACAAAGAGAUCUACACGCCUCUGGCUUAACUGAUGUGUUUGUGUUUCUUUACCCAACUAUAUCCAUCUUUAUUUAUGCUACUAUAGAUUCUACUUGGUGAAAUUCUGGAUAAGUAAGAAUGGAAAUACUGGAAGAAAAAAAAUCAAAUAUAUAUGUGGAUUAUUGACAGUACGAGAUUUCUUUCAAUUAUUUCGUUGUAAAAGGCAAAUGUAACUCCAAAUGAUUGCCCGACAAUUUUAAAGGAUUAAAAAGAUUUUUGUGUAGAUUGCACGUAAAUAAUAAUAAUAUGUUUAUCAGGUUCUGUCAACUUACGACAUGAAUUUUACAUUAGGCAUUUGCCAAAUUUGACAUUAAAAAAAUUGAAAUCAUUUUAAUACGGAUUGAUAAUUAAUUUACACAUAUGUUCCCCCGCCAUUCUUCCGGCCCACAAACAUAUUCAUAAAAAAUAAGAAACAUUUAUCUUGUAGCUAAUGUUUGCCAUACAUGCACAAUGUAGACGAACGCAAAUUACCAUUCAUUAUACUCAGUAGACAGUAACAUCUGGAGAAGCAACUCAAGGAAGCACUCAACAGUUCAUAAAAUUAUGCAAUGAACUGGCUAUAUAUAUAUACUCCUAUAUAUGUUAACCCAGUUUACAAUCAAUGGUAUUAUAUUUGAACAGUCCAAUUUGGAAAUCAUGGCAAGAAGGUUUUAAUGUUUACUAACAGGGUAUAUUAGGAUUAAAAAACAUUAUACAAGGCAAGUAAUUAUUAACAAGGGUCGUUUUUCGUAUAUAUAUAUAUAUAUAUAUAUAUAUAUAUAUAUAUAUAUAUAUAUAUAUAUAUAUAUAUAUAUAUAUAUAUAUAUAUAUAUAUAUAUAUAUAUAUAUACUGUAGAUUCCAUUAUUCGUUAAGUUUAAUAUUUAGAUUUAAACUUUAGAGGUAAUGCGAUGAGAAUGUGCAUGAAUUUGAAUGUGAAGGUGAAUGGAUAUAGUCGCUAUACCAGUUACUUAUAUUUCGGAUAUGUGUAGCUACACUGCAAAUUCAAGAGUUGAAUCAACCCCAAAACUGGGAAAGGAACUUCAGGAAACUUUAGCAGCGACUACGAGUAUACGAGUACGAGAUUCGUCAAGCGAAACGCAUACUGUAUGCUUACGCGACAUCCCGUACUGACGCGAAAAAGUCGUAGCCGUCGCCAAUCUGAGUACGAAAUUGUGGAGAAAUCUCGUAGUCCUCACGACGACUUUUCAAAAAAACAAAGAAAGUUGGCUUUUUUGUUUUCCAAAAAUUUAUUUUGUAGCGUUUAUAUAGCGUUUAUCCGGCGCAAAUAAUAUAGGCCUAUUAGCACUAAAUAUCUGGCCUGUUUUUAAUGUUAGCCUACGACUUAUUUACACGUUUUGUAGGGGAUUUUAGUCUGCAGGAAAUUUAGUUUAUAAAACUUUUUCUCUCGUUGUUGGUUAAUUUACUGCUAUAAAAGCAAUAUUUGAAUGGAAACAAAAAUGACUAUGUUGAUUACCUCGCAGGCGAUCAAACAGAUCUCGUACUCGUACUCCCUGCUAAAGCUCCCUAUUCUGUCAACGACGGUGACAGAUGAACAAGCUUUGGUUGAUGGGGAUGCAACUACCUGAAAAAUAGAAGGAGACUAAAGUUUCACGACGUUUCGAGCGAAGGCCAUUCGUCUGGAGUACUAUAGGUAACUAUAUAGCUCCAGACGGAGGGCCUUUGCUCGAAACGUCGAAAUUCUCCUUAUAUUUUUCAGGUAGUUGAUUCCCUACCAACGAAAGCUCAUUCAUAUUAUUGGCAUUAUAUACCUACACUUGUACAGACAGUUCACUGUGACAGAAUAACACUUUUGGAUUCCUCGAAAUUUACGUACAGUGCAUUUAUAUACAAGUAUAAUGAAUCAUGUCAAGUAUCAUUAGUGUUUGUAACAACAGUCACUCCCUCUAUUUUCUUAGCCGGCUUAUUGUUAUUCUAGCGUUUUACCACUUUCCUUCGCAGAGGUUUUAUUUUUUAGUUAACACGCGGGCUGUAGCUGUAUACCUCGAAUUAAAACGUACCAAUUAUACCUGCAUGCCUAUAUAACAAUUCGCGGGUAUAUAGCCCGCUUGUUUAACUGAAAAACGCCCGCUCUACGAUGGAGAGAGGCGUUUUACGAAAAGUAUAUAAUGUUGCCAAAAUGUUUGCACAUUUUACAUUUAUGUUGAUGACUUAAUUCGAUCUUAAGGCGUUUCCCCAGGGAGAUAUGGCAAUGCGCACGUAUAGUUUACCGCUAUCAAUAUUGCAUUUUAGCAUGCAAAAUUGCACAUCUUGAAAUAAUCUCUACUGCGUGAAAGGGGCAAGCACGUUUGUUUAUGUUAUGCCGUUAUCCAUACAAAAGCGCUUCAAGGGGCAAUGACGUCAUGUGUGCGUGUAUUGUCUGGAAGAUAUCUUCCGUUGCAUAAUUUAAUUUAUAGUGAAAAAAAAUCUGGCAGUAUAUAGUCAGUAAUUGUCCUGAUGAUAACGACUCCAGCUGCUGUGCUGCGCUAGUUUAACAUUUUCAAUUUUAGUAUAUCAAACGUCAACGUUUAGCCUAGACAGUACAUGCAAGAGCAAAAAACAAAUAAGUAUGGAUAUAAUAAUAUUGUUAUGGUGCAAUUUGAAAAAACCCAUCAAAAUCAAUGACGAUCAAAAUUGCACGAGCAUAUGUUUUUCAAAUUGCACGAGAAACUAUAUAUACUAUUACUUAUUAAUAAGAAUAUGCGAAAAAUAUGCAGAAGCAAAUUUAUAAUCAUUUGCAUACAUUGCAUGCAUGAAACACGUGCAAAAUAAGUUAUUUACUCAUUCAUUUGAAUGAAACAACAACUCAAUACAAAUUUACAACUGCCAGAGUGAAGUUUGUAACGGAUUACUCUUUUUUGCAAUGAAUUUCCUUAUACGGCACUGAAUUAGUCCAUUUUUGACACUACAUUAACAUAAAAUAGCACUAUUCUUAGACAAUCAUGUAUAAUUUAGUAAUUAUUGUCCAUGUAUACUAUUAACUGAGUAACAAAUUAUCACAGCACUAGUUGUAACUUUGUAAUAAUAAAGUAUUUUGAAGCAUAUUUUGUAGCAGCAUAAUAUUUAUGUGUAAACCGAUAUUUGCGAAAGUUUUACAUACAAUCAAAAUUUAGCCAAAAUACUGUCGUAGAUAAUUAUCACUUUUCCAUAAUGAUCGCUGAGAAAAUAGAGUGUUUGAACAGUUGCCUCGCAGAAAGUAUUUGCAUGAGAUUGAACUUUGGGAAUCUUACAUAAUAAUUGUGUGUUGCAUUUCCAAGUCAGAUCGGUAUUUCUAUACUACUAGCUGCAGUAUGACAUUAUAUAUAUUAUUGUCUCAGUCCGGUCUUUGGAGUAAAGACUAACCAAUUGGUAUAACUGAUGCAGCUUGUUAAUAUUAAUAUAUUUGUUGUCAUGCAUAUAUGUUUGAUUAUUAAUAAUAUAAAACAUCAGCGGAUGAACUGUAUUGGGUUUAAUUUCAUUUAAUGUGCUUUAAUUAUUUAUGUUUCUUUUUCAGGUCUCCUAGUGUGUUUUGUAAGAACUACCAAGACGAGAAGUAAGUAUCCGAAAUAAGCAGAGUUACAUUACAUAAAUUUAUAUACUGUACAUAAUUUGUGAAUGCCAACAAAUGCCGUCAGAAAAUUCAUGUCAAAUUAAAUAUCAGCAAAGACCAGUUGCGUGAUACUUAAGUUCGCUAUCGACUCAUCAUAACGUUUGACGGUUCGACUUGCAUGAUAAGAAAGAACAGCUACAGAUUUUCUUCUCAAGGCUAUCAUUUUAGUUCAAUCAUGUUCAGAGAAGGAUGCACAUAUAUUCAAUCUUUCGUCAAUAUCAAUGACAAAUGACAAUUAAUGCGCCGUCGUUCGGGGAAUUUUUGGAGGGUUUUAAUUUUGAUCAUCCUGAUCUUUCACUUUCGUGAGUUACAAAAAAUGAAAGAAUGCAUCCAGCAUUUUGCAUUUUGCAACAAUGACGAAAAAGCCAUAAUUUUGGAUGAACAUGUUUAGGAAAAAGUGCAAUUUUUGCGUUUUCUAGUGUUUUUAAGAUUUAGAGACAGAGUGCUAUAUCCAUCAGUGUGCACUUGAGAAGUACGGACAAUUGAAAUAGCCAGUUGAGGCUUCCACUGAUUAUUCAGAAUGAAUAACAAUAUGAUAAUAAUUUGGAAGACGAAGAAAAUACUAUUGUUUUGAGAGGAUUGUCUUGAUCAUUUUUACAUUUCAGGCAAAUGUAUCUUAUGCAAUUGAUAUUCAAUCUUAGAUUAAUAUCAGGUCGCAUGAAAUAUUGAAGUUAUUAUCAGAUUUUUAGUUAGUGUAUAAAUAUCCUUUGACUAUUUUAUGAAUAUAUAUUAUGAAUUAUAAAUAUGCCAAUGAAUAGCUUUUCAGCCAGUUUUCAAAUGGAACAUCCAUUUUUCUUGGAUGCACAUACAGCUAUUUCAAUUAAGGUUGUCCACGAGCAAAGCGGAAAAGUCGAAUACGAGCGCGAAAGGCUGCUGGGAAUCGUUAACAAAUUAAUAAAUUUUCAAAGCGGUUCCCAGCAGCCUUUCGCGCUCGUAUUCGACUUUUUCGCUUUGCUCGUGGACAACCUUAAUUGAAAUAGCUGUAUACCGCCUACUUGACAUUUUUGCAACUCUUUGUCUAUGCAAUUAUGAUCAUAUGAUGAGAAAUAUUCUGAUCAUAUUAGAGGCUGUCUCCUCCGCAGAAGGCACGCAAACGAAGGAAGCGAAGGGAAAAUAAACACGACCACUUCCCUUCCUCGCCCGCGAUCCGAAUUUCAGCGGUCAACCUCAUACUGAGUACCGUACUUUCUAGCACAAAGGAGCAUUGGAAUUUGGGAUUAUGGGUUGCAAUUCCAUUACAUUAUAAGGCGUAAUAAUUAUUAAAAUGUUAACCAGAUCGAUAUUACGGUACCCAAGUUAUGUAUCGCUUAUUUGUUGCGUUUAUAGUUUGUUACAAGGCUAGGAAAUACUAGUGUUUCCUAGCCUGCGAACAGGAAAUCAGGCUGUGGGAUCGAGCUACAGUUGUUUAAUUAAGCCGCCAACUAUGUCUAUAGUGUUCAUAUAGAUACUUAAGUCUACUAGAAAUACAUGCAUGCAGCAACCCCUCGCCUUGCCAGCAAAACCACUAUAUUUUCCAAACAUGAAGUAUUUGAAGUGGUUGUCAUGAUACACGGCAAAAAAACGCUCAGGUUGAUGCAAUACUGAUGAAAACAGGAUUGAACAAUGUUUUGCCGCCCACAUUGUUCAUAGCUGUCAACAUUAUUGAAUAAUAUUGUUACACCCGAUUCAGGCUCAAAAACAUUGUUCAAUAUUGUUGACAAGUGUGAACAACGUGGGCAGCAAAACAUUGCAACGGGCUCGGCGUUUUUUGCCGUGUAUAACACGAUCAUUUUAUUCCUUUUAUUAAAAAAAACCUCCAAAAAUCAAUUUUAAUUACAAAAUUAACAAUUUCCCAAAAUAUGCAUGUUAUUAUCAGUAAUAUAAGCUUCAAUUUAAUGUAAAAUUCAACCACAAAUGCUCCAAUAAGCUCUCUCUAUAUAUUAAUUAUAUUAUUAUUUCAUCAUACGCAACAUCAGUUUUAGAGCAAUUAUAUAUAAAGCAAGCAACACAUCAAUAUUUAAAACAAACCUUACGAUUUCCAGCAAACUCUACGAUUUCCCUGAUGUUUUGUUAUGAAGCAAAAACAAAAUAAACUCUUUGGCUGCUCGUCUCAUUAACGAUUCGUUUUUUGAGUAAUAUUUGCACUUUUUUCGCCGCAAAUUUCCCUCUUUCCACUCCACAAAUAGGUACUUUUGAGUUGAGUAGGAGGCCCAUGACACCAUGAAACAAAUCCACGCGCCCGCGAUUAUUGAUUAACUUUAGAGCCUGGUGUAGAUCAUUGAAAUAAAUAUAAUUGGAACGCCAUCUUACCCGUGUGUUUAUAUCAUGACUGAUUGACCGACUGAUUGAGCGUGCUUCCCCUGCAUGAAAAGACUGGAACUGGCCCUCAAGUUUGGCUUCAAAUUUCCGGUUGGAGGCAAUCUCGUUCCUAGAGUAUAUAACCCGCGAACAGGCAUACUCUGGGAACGAGAUUGGGUUGGAGGUAGUAUCGUAUCGUAAUUAACUAUAUUAUUAAUUAACUUAGCACUAAUACUCACUAAUUUAUCUCAGUAAUGUAUUAUCAUAACUUAACAUAAUUAACAGUAGUUUUCCUGUAUAUCUUGUAACAGCUCGAUCUCUUCCGAAAAUUAAGGCUAUGUCUUAAUUGUAUAAAGCGUUUCAAAUUAAGACAUUGCCUUAAUUUUAAGCAUAACCCCCACCCCAACCCCCACCCUAACCUCUAACUCCUAAGCCCCCUAACCCCUAACCCUAAUCUAAUCUUGGUCUAACCCUAAUCCAAUCCAGAUCUGGCGACCUUUUUUUUUAAAAAAAUGUUCUACAACACAACAAUCAGUAAUAGUACCCCGUAGUGGUUUACCGCCGUUUCCCCCGUUUGACCCGCUUUCAAAUCCAACAAAUACUGGUCUUAGAUGGCAGAAAUGGCUUCGCCGGUUUGAAAAUCUCCUAAUAAGCCUUCGUGAAACCGAUCCAACCGUUAAAAGAGGUCUUUUGCUAACGUAUGUAGGAGAAACAACGAACGAUAUUUUUGAUACAUUGCCAAGCACUGACACAGACUAUGACUCAGCUGUACAAAGUUUAACCGAACGUUUCGACCCAGCUAUUAAUAAGGACAUGGAAAUAUACGAAUUUCGUCAAAUUACUCAAUCAUCAGGAGAAACACUCAACGAAUUUUACCGCCGUUUAAAGGAAAAAGCCAGUACAUGCGAAUUUGCUAACGAGGAAGCGGAAAUACGAACACAAAUAAUACAUAAAACAUCAGAUGCACGCCUUCGCCGUAAAGCUCUACGCGAUGAGCCAGAUUUAAAAGCAUUAUUAAAAUACGGGCUUACGUUAGAACAAUCAGAUCGCCACAGCAAUUGCAAUUACUAGACGAGGACAAAAAUACGCCUUAUAGACAAACAAAUUUCAUCAAAGGCAAGAAUUGGCAAGAACGCCAGAAGGGACGUAAUUCCCAGAGUAAUAACACCCGGUACAACGCACCAGCAAAGCAAAGUACGCAAAAAUGUCGCAAUUGCGGUGGUUCUUAUCCCCACAUCGGAGGAAAAUCCUCAUGUCCAGCCGCAGGAAAAAAGUGUUUCGAAUGUGGGAAAAUGGGUCAUUUUGGAAAACAAUGCUUGUCAAAGCAACGACAACAAACACGCCCAUCACGUCCCAAUCAACAACAGCAAAAUAAUCGAAAGGAAAUUCGUGGUCUGUCAGAACACCAGCAAAGCGACACUGAUGAAGAAUUUAUUUACACUAUCAUGGCAUCAACGAAAACACCACAAACAACGAUCAACAUUGCCAACGUGCCUAUCCCAAUAAUAAUUGACACAGGAUCGUCUGUGAACAUUCUCAAUUAUGAACACUUCAAGAAAAUCAAUCAGCAAAACUCUGGUAUUCAGCUGCAGCCAACAACAACAAAGGUAUUCGCUUAUGGAGCAAAACAACCACUCCAUCUCCUUGGGCAAUUUACUGCAGACACCCAAUACCAUUCCAAAACAACAACCAGCAUCUUUCUGGUAACGAAAGAUAACAACACCUGUCUAUUGAGUUACAACACUUCCACUGCUCUUGGACUACUCAAUAUCAACAUCAACUCCAUUUCCACCGACCAUGCAGAUCCUAGAAUUGCACAGAUCCUGCAAAAACAUCACAAAGUGUUCCAAGGGAUGGGAAACCUUAAGAAUUGCGAAGUCAAGUUAGAAAUCGACCCAACUGUUCCCCCGUCGCUCAGAACAGCCGACGACUGUCUCACAGCAUGCGAAAGAAAGUGAAUGAGAAACUCCACGAGAUGGAAGAGCAAGGUAUUAUUGAAAAGGUGAAAGGAGUGACUCCAUGGCUAUCACCACUAAUACCCAUACCAAAGAAAGGCGGAGACCUUCGACUUGUUCUUGACAUGAGAGUCCCUAAUCAAGCCCUCAAACGACGCCGAGUGCAAUUCCCCACCGUAGACGACAUGUUACACAAAAUGGAGGGUGCAAUAAUUUUCACAGAAGUAGAUCUUUCUCAAGGCUACUUACAAAUAUCAUUGGCUGAAGAAUCACGCCCCGUGACUGCAUUCCAAACACCAGACGAUGGACCAUACCAGUUCAAACGUCUCAUCAUGGGUGCUAGUCCGUCCGGAGAGUAUUUCCACGAGAUCAUACACAACCUGAUUAAACACAUCCCGAACUGUCAAAAUAUAUCGGACAGCAUUUGGCUAUGACAUAAAGACAUAACCGAACAUAUCAAGCAACUUGACGAGCUCCUUCAAACCAUGGAAAGUAGUGGACUUUCCUUGAAAUUCCCCAAGUGUUCAUUUGCAGUUCCAGAAAUUAACGUAUUCGGUCAUAUAGUUUCGAGCCGAGGAAUCCACCCUGACAAGAAGAAAAUCGAAUCAGUAGUCAAUGCCCCAGCUCCCAAAACAACAGCAGAAGUACGCUCCUUCCUUGGUCUCGUCAACUAUUGUUCGCGAUGCAUCAAAGAUUACAGCACAACUACCUACCCCCUUCGACAGCUGUUAAAAGAGAGUUCCAUUGGGGAAAGGAACAACAAAGCAGUUUCGUGAAAUUAAAGGAUGCCAUCACCAGAGCCCCAAUCCUAGCUCAUUAUUCCACUUCAGCACCAACUCGAGUAGUCGUGGACGCAUCACCUUGGGCUGUUGGCGCAGUGCUCCUCCAACAACAAUCCGAUUGCACCUACCGCCCCAUUGCAUUUGGAAGUCGUUCUCUUACCGAAACCGAAAUGAAGUAUUCACAAAUUGAGAAAGAGGAGUUAGCCAUUGUAUUUGGAUGCGAACACUUCCAUCUAUACUUAUAUGGCAAGUCAUUUGAAAUGGAAACCGAUCACCGCCCUCUUGAGUACAUAUUCAAGCCCAAAUCAGCCGGAAAACCAGCGCCAGCACGAGUAGAAAGAUGGUUACUUAGAUUACAGGAAUACUAUUUCACCGUGAUAUACAGCCCAGGUCCACAAAACCUAGCUGAUGCACUUUCUCGAUUACCCAACAAGACCCCAAGAAGUAAUAUGAAAAGCUGUGCAGAUCGAUAUGUCCACUACCUCGCAGAACAGUUAACGCCUAUUGCCAUGAACACUGAAGAGAUUUAAGAACACUCGAAAACUGACCCCGAAUUGAUUCAAGUUCGACAAUGCAUCGAGAACAAUCAACCCCAUAAGCUUCCACCACCUAGCACACGAGGAUCAUGCGGGUAUGACGAAAACGAAACAACGCAUCCGCUCUAAGUUAUGGUAGCCCAACAUGGACAAGGACAUCGAACAACACAUUCGAACAUGUCAUCCUUGCCAAAUCGUAGGAAAACCAGACAGACCAGAACCGGUACAAUCUACCAAGCUUCCAGAUGAACCAUGGACAGAGCUUGAAAUUGACGUAUGCGGUCCAUUCCCUACAGAAGAAUAUGUAGUUAGCCUCAACGACUAUUACUCAAGAUGGCCCGAAGCAACAAUACUUCGAACAGUCACGUCAGCGAAAAUCUUAGAAUGGAUACACACGGAUAUCCUAAACAAAUCAUUUCUUGCCAGUUAUUUCACAUCGCAAGAAUUCAAGCAAACCCUAACUUCCUGGGGAAUCCAACAGCAUUUCGUCACACCAUAUUGGCCUCAAGCAAAUGGUCAAAUAGAGAGAUUCAACCAAGUUAUACUCAAGCACGUCCUUACCUCAAACACAACUGGAAGAGAUUGGCGAAAAUCCCUAUCAAUGAUGCUGCGAAACUACCGUACAACGCCUCAUCAAUCCAUCGGAGAAACCCCAGCGAUGAUGUUGAUGCAUCGGGAACUUCGUACCAAACUACCAAGUGUAAAAUCAAGUAAAUCGUAUGACGAUACGAGAGCUCAAAAAGUGGACGCCAAAGCAAAGCAACAAGCGAAAGAAUACGCCGACGGAAAACGGCGAGCUCGGGAAAAAGAUUUCAAAAUUGGAGAUAAGGUAAUGCUACGUCAGCCGCAUACGAAGAAAUAUUCAACACAAUUUUGCAGCGUUCCCUUUACCAUCAUAAAGAUUAACGGUUCGCAGUUAGAACUUCAAGAUCAACACGGACAAAAGUACAAGCGUAACUCAGCACACGCAAAGAAAUACCAUGAGCCGGCUGAAGGAAAAGACGAAGAAGAUGAUACGGAACACCCCGCGAAUGAACAGGUCCCACAACAAGUCCCUCAACCAGAAGAAGAAACCUGACCACAACCAGAACAAGUAACCCAACCACUCCCUCAAUCUCAACAACCCCUAUCCGUCCACUCACCACCCAGGAAAAGACCAGCAAGAAAAACAAAACCACCUGAACGAUUUGGAUAUUAGUAAUAUAAUAUAAGACUUUAAAAACAGUUCCAUAGUUAACUAUUAACUGAACAAUAUUAAGUAGUUACAUUGACAUUUUGUUCUUAGAAGAAACAUUCUAAACAGGGGAGGAUUGUCGUAUCGUAAUUAACUAUAUUAUUAAUUAACUUAGCAGUAAUACUCACUAAUUUAUCUCAGUAAUGUAUUAUCAUAACUUAACAUAAUUGCUGCCGCAGCGAGCGGGCAAGGCAGCAGAUCCUAAUUUUGUUUUGUGGGUCGAUAUCAAAAUUUUCUAUUUGGCGCAUUGCAUGACGGUACCAGUGAAUUUUAACCGUGGUGCAGGGCGGUCAAGCAUAAGGCAAACAGGCAAUGUGAUCAUCUUUCAUCUUUGGUCUUCUUUUAUGGAAAGCCAUAGCUGGCUUAAAGUGAUCAAACGGCAUUUUGUUGGGUGCUUUUAGCAUUAUACGGCGGUGCUUUCGGCAUUAUACACGGUGCUUUCGCCAUUAUACGCGGUGGUUCCCGCAUUAUACGCUGUGGUUCCAGCAUUUAUAUACGAGGUGCUUUUGCAAUUAUACGCAGUGGUUCGAGCACUAUAUGCGGUGCUUUUAACAUUAUACGCGAUGCUAGCUUUCAUUCAACAUUAUUUUCAUAUUCUUUCCAUGACAUGUAUAUGAUUUAACGAUUGCUUAAAUUUGGUAUGUGGUUGACGAAUGCUUUUUGCUUAUGGUCCGCAAAGACAAUGACAUGCUUUUCUGUGUAUAUAAAUGAAUAUAACGCAGCGAAUGCGCCAAGCAGUAUAAACGCGCGGCUGAAAUACGAUCUUAAAAUCUUGAAUGUGCCGUAUGAUUUAAUUAUGUUUUAAGAUUUACAAAUGCUUUGUCAUUUGUAUUUAUACUUGUACUGCAUCACAAAGCAGUACGUAAGUGAAAACAUUUCACAUGUGAGAUUGUCUUGUAUAUAUUUUUGCUUUCUUUGAUAAACAUUAUUAAUAAACACGCAAAUUUUAAUUAGUGAGACGCAAUGUUAAAUGUCACCUGCAUGUCAUUGUCAUUGCCCUUUAACCCCUGGUCUAAUUCACCGCUUUUGAAAAUGUUGAUCAUGACGAACCGCACUGCCUUAAUUACCGUAUUUACUCGAUUGAGCGCCGCCCCCGAUUGAGCGCCGCCCCCGAAUGAGCGCCGCAUUUGAGAUCAAUUUUUUUUAAAGAGCGCCGUCUCCGAAUGAGCGCCGCACUAAACAGUGUAAAAACUUUCCGCGUCAAAAUUGGGACAUUUAGUGACAAAAACCUUUUAAAACUUGUCUAUGUUAUAGCUAAAAGUUCUUGUCAUAAUUCACAAAUAAAAUAUUUUUUAAAGAGCGCCGCCCCCGAUUGAGCGCCGCCCCCGAAUGAGCGCCGCAUCUGAAGCUCUAAAAAUUUAAAGAGCGCCGCGGCGCUUAAACGAGUAAAUAGGGUAUGCAAACUUUGUGUUUUAAAAACGAGUUAGGAUAAAACGCGGAUACGGACGAACGGAUGAAUGACGGACGGACAGACGGACGGAUGGCGACGGACGGACCGGACGGAUAACAUAUAUAUGUGAUUAUAUAGUCUGCGCGCAGCCGCGCAGGGUAGUUAGUGGCUUACGUCUUCGCUGGUUGUUAUACUUUAAAAUAAUUUUGUAUUUACCGAGAAAUCACUAUUCCGAGUAUAUAAAUAUAUAAACUGGGAUGUCACACUGAUAGUUUGUUUACAUUUCCUGGAGCAUCAAAUCUUACUUAACCACGGUGGUUUAACCCAUUAGCUGGCAAUGCGCCCUUCCCUUGUCCAGCGCCAGAAAAUUUUACUCGUCAGUGGUACAGGGCACUGCCAGUAAAUGGGUUAACAAACCUAUCUGCCAAUGGCUCUUGUUAAUCCAUCAGCACAGUAAUGACUUUAGUAUUUACCCUGUCCAACGCCAGACGAUUUUUAAUACUCAGUCAGUGGUAGGGCCGGGCUGUCAAUAAAUGGGUUAACAAGGAUAACAAUAGCCUGCGUAGCGGCUAUCAGAGAAAGGACAGCCUGCACGAAACCCCCUGCUUUGCCGUAUUAACUCGUUCUCUCAGAGGACGAGAAAUCUGAUUGGUUCAAAAUGAAAAAAUAUGCUAAUUUAUGCUAAAUUCAUACAAACACGGCGGAUUAGCGGAUGUAUUAUUGAGAGGCGUUUCUUUGAGUUUUGCAUUCAAAAGAGCUUAAUAUUAAAGGCCACGAUUUACAGUUGAACAUUAAAGGUAUUUACGAACUUGGUUCACGAAGCUCUAGAGAUAUUGACUGUGGUGUCUUCGUUGGAUUGCUGUCUGUUAGCAGCGCCUCUUUCACAACUCACGAGCGUGUUCGUUUUCAUAUUAAUAAAAUUCAUCGACGACAAAUAGAUUUUUUCUUCAUGAUUUUGUAGCUAAUAAUUUUGUGCCAGGAGAGAAUUGCUAUAAAUGCUCAUGUCUUAUGAACAGGACUUGCUCUCUGUGAAGUGAUGGCUUUAAACACCUUUAAUAUUCUCUUCUCAGCAUCGCUAGAAACUUAACAUUUAAUACAUCACGGUUGACCGCUGUCGAAACUAUAAAUUAUAUUUGUACGUGUGCGAGAAAGCUACGAAAUAUUGUAGAUACGGACUGCAAACUACUUGUGACAACGAUGGAGAUUGCCCUAGGCCUAGCGCUAUUCCCACAGACUUCAAUUUUCUUUAGCCGCCAUCCGUAUAUUACAGUAUUUCGUUUUGAAAUUUGCGAACAUACAGCAAUCUAUAUUUAUAUUUCAUUUUGAUAAGUAAAUUUGCAAACGUAAACAAUCUGUGUGAUUGGCCAAUUUUGACAUCUGUUUAAAGUGGGCGUAGCCCGCAGGCUAAGUGGGCGGAAACGGGAAAGCAUGGGUUUUCGUGCAGGCUCUACUUUCUCUGAGAGCCGCUACGCAGGCUAGGAUAACAAUAAUAGGAUGUUUCUGAAGGACUCGUUCAACACCUUGUAGUUUGUCUUUUGCUGUCAAAGGCAGCAUUACUGCCCUGUGGGUAACCUAGUUUAAUAUUAAAGUACAGCGACUGGAGGGAUAUCUGCAGAAAUGAUAAACAACUUCGACAUAGCUGUAGGAAUUAAGUCAUCCUUUCACAAGCACAAAUCUUCAGAGAAAAUGUUAUUUUACCCACCUAGUUAACAGUAGUUUUUUAGGUUACCCACCUAGUUAACAGUAGUUUUCCCGUAUAUCUUGUAAACAAAGUAGAGUUGAUAUGUAUUAAAUAUAAAGCAAGACACGAAAGAUAGCGUUCCAGAAUUAGUACCCUCUCCCCGGGCUUGCGACCGGAAGGCACUUGGCUGCAAUUUAUUGAGCGUCGACGUUCAAUAUAUAAUGAAUAGGUACUUUCUCGAACUAUAUGUGCAACAACUGUCCACAGUCUCUCGCACCUCAUGUGCUCUGACUAAUGUGUGUAUCGUUUUCAUUAUACCCUGAGAGUAGACUGCGUAGCAGGGGCUUUAUUUUAUUGAAGGUUUUGAGGAGCCACCCUGAGAGCAGAGCCUGAUUUCCCCUCGCGGAGAAAAUAAGGCUCGGCUGUAUUUGUGUUUGAUUUCUGUUGAGCAUGCUCUGUUUCCGAUAUGUCAAAACAUGUCAAAAGAAUCACUUGUAUUUUUAGAAUGACUGCUAAAUUUAGAGAACCAAUUGCAUGCAGUUUAAUAUAGCUACAUGCGGGUGUGUGCACUGCACGUACUGUACAAUUGCAGCAAUAAUAACAACACAAAAAACAUUUUCAAAUCUAUUUUAAAAUAGUGUGAAAUCAAACUACUUACUAUAGUUUUACAAUUGCUAAAUUGCUAGUUUAUUUUACCUGAAUUUUAGUUAAUUACAAUGCCUAUGGAUUUACUUUUCAGUAAAUCUAAGAGAUUCAUAGGGCUUAUUGUAUAUAUAUAUAUAUAUAUAUAAUAUAUAUAUAUAUAUAUAUAUAUAUAUAUAUAUAUAUAUAUAUAUAUAUAUAUAUAUAUAUAUAUAUAUAUAUAUAUAUAUAUAUAUAUAUAUAUAUAUAUAUAUAUAUAUAUAUAUAUAUAUAUAUAUAUAUAUUUUAUAUUUAUAUAUAUAUAUAUAUAUAUAUAUAUAUAUAUAUAUAUAUAUAUAUAUAUAUAUAUAUAUAUAUAUAUAUAUAUAUAUAUAUAUAUAUAUAUAGCAGGCUCAAAUUUUAGUCAUCAGUUUACAUGCAAAACGAAGGCGCGCGCGGAUUAAAAACCUGUUUACUGCCGGUUUACUUCGUCCAGAAUUUUGGACGAACAAAAACACAAGAACGGCAGAGCCUUAUUUUCUCCGGGAGGGGAAAUCAGGCUCUGCUCUCAAGGUACGUUUUCAUCUGGUAAUUCAUAACGAUUAAUUAAUUCGUAACAAGACGUCUGCGGGAAUAAAACUGAAUAGUAUGAAUUGUUUAAAUCUCCAUUUAUGUUAACUAAUAAUCUAAACAAGAACAUUUAUGGCAUUGUAUCUUCCUCAGUUUUUUAAAUCUAAAAUUAAAUAUAGAAUAUGAAUGCCUUUAGAUUAGUGGAUGAGGGGUUAGCAUUAUAUUAAUUCUAUGCGGGACGUGCAAGACUGAGAGCGUGCAAUUAACAAUAGUGGAAAGCAUGCAGCUGUACAAUUUAAGCAUUUUCCAGCUUUGUUUGUACAUCUGAAAGCCGGUAUAAAGUAAAUACGGAAGGUUUUUGUAUACAAUUGCAUGACAAUUGGCAUGGGGUCUAACUGAUUACAUAAUCUUAAAAUAAUUUUCAAGUUUCUGUCUGUGCAUGCAUGCAAUUUUAUAGUCGCGUCACUGAAUCAAUUAGCAACAUUUUAAAAAUAUACUGGAAAUAUUUCCGAGGAGAACAGCUUGAUGCAUGUGGGUGUAUUUAUUAAAAAUAUAUAUAAAAGACUAUUACUAUAUAUACUGUAAUGAAUUUAAAGAUGCCAUAUUAGCCACCUCCGCAGCCAGGCCUGUCAAUAAGGGUUACUCUGUCAGAGUCAAAUGUUGAAACCAUUUUCUACGAUGACAUUAACUUUUCCGACAAACUCAUCCAUAAUUAUGAAACGUAUUAGUAAGCCAAUUCGGGGUUUCAUGCAUGGCGCAUUCAAAUUACGCGCGUUCUGUGUCAGGAUAAAUUGUAGUUGAACUACAUGUAGCUGAGACUGGAAGAAUUAGAAUCCGCAUAUUUGUGUUUCACUUAUAACCGCAAUUUUUGUCGUCUGUGUAAAACAAAAUAAAGAAAAGUACACUAUUUUAUAUUUCCUAUCAUUUAAAACGAAUCAAUCAUGCGGAAACGAAUUGUUCUUUGUCCUUUGAGCAACUUUUUGCUGAUAUUCAAAUGUAGACGACCGGCCAAAACCUGAAAAUCUGCAACAAAAUUUGUUUGAUGGCAUUUUCUGUUACGAGCUAUACCAACUGACAUUUUCGUAGAGUAUAUGCAUUAACGAACAAGACUAUAGACAUGUUGGCAACUCUAAUUUUGGUUUUAUAGAUGAAAAUUUGAGAAUUUGAAAAUCAUUGCCUAUAAAAAGUACUAUGAUGAGAAAAAUGCAAAAUUACAAGUUCACUUUUAACGAAAAUAAAAUAUACCAUUAGAAAGUUCGCAAAAAAGCAUAUAUAAGACAUUUAAGCGAGUAGUAUAUGAUUUUCGUAGCCAAUUUUGAGCUUUUAACAUUGGAAACUGAAGAAAAUGCGCCAAUUCAUGCCGAUAGUUACUAUUUUGCCAACUUUAUGCUCCUUUAACUCAAAACUGGCUUGACAAUUCACACUACUCGCUUAAAUGUCUUAUAUAUACAUUUUUGCGAUCUUUGGUAUAGAUUAUUUUUGUGAAAAGUGAACUUGAAAUUUUGUAUUUUUAGUCAACAUACAUAGUACUUUAUUAAGCAAAAUUUUAAAAUUCUGAAAUUUUCAACUAUAAAGUCAAAAUCAGAGGUGCCAACAUAUAUAGUCUUGUUCACCAAUGUGUAAGCUAUAUAAGAAAAUGCCAGCCGUUAGCAGCUUGUAGGCAAAAAAUGCCAUCAUAGAGUGUACCUUUCAGAAUGUUGGCCGGUCGUCUAAUGAUGAUUGAACGGCAGUUGAAUACGUUGGUAUUCAUAUUCUAAAUCUUCCAGUCUCAGCCACAAUAUUACUGAUGAUUUGAUCAUAUUCACUUAAGUCAAUUAAACACACUAGCCGGCCAUAUAAACUAAGGACUUUCGCGAAUGACGCGAAUAAGAGAGAAACCAAAAAGAGUUUCGCGCUUGCAAGCAUCUACCCAAUGUGAUUGGUUUAUUGGAGAAAAAAUGACCAGUCUAAUUCAGUCUAUAUUGUGCAUUGUCCCUUUUUGUCCAUGCAUAUAGGUACGGGGCGAUCCCUAGAAAAUGUAUAAUAUGGAAGACUGAAAGAUGCAUACAAUAAGUGAGUAGACGUCUUAUAUAAAUAUGCAUGGCUUAUAACAACAUAUCGAUUCACUAUUCUUAACUUGUUCAGCUGAAAUUCGUUUCAAUAAAGCGUUUGUAUUGUAAUCCAAACGUCAAGUUUGGAUUACAAUGUAUUAAAAAAUAUAUAAUACCAUACAUAUUCUUCGAGAAAUUGGAUCAUAAAAAAUGUACUCCAAGUUAUGCUUAGAUCUGUCGACAAUUAAUAGCCUCGACAAGCUGACCAAUAAAACUGCCAAGCACUCUUUGUUUUGCAAAAUUUCGUGCUCAGAGUACUUGAUUCAGUAUGUCAGCUACAUGUAGUGGUUGUUUGUAUUAUAGCGAUUUCGAAUGCCUUCCCUUAUGAGUGGGGCAUUCUCCUCCCCAGCUGCAGGCAUCUCAAUAGGGGUUACCUAGUGUCUCAGAUCCCUCCGCCCCGGGACAUCCCCAGAUAUUUGUUUGACAGAACGAUCAUCGAGAGGGUGGGGAAUUUCCCGUCCAGGAAGAGCACCAGAGCCAUGAGGUAUUGUUCUAGUUACAUUGCCCGGUUUGCUCCCUCCCGGGAUUUAACAUCCUUUGAGUGCGCAAUGAAAUAUGGGAUCUAAUUCUACUUCUUGAUCUCCUCGGAUCUCCUUGGACAUUAACAUGUGGGCAUCAGUGGUUGUUAAUUUGCAUAAAUAGAUUGCACAUUUUUAAUUAAAAGUGUGCACAUAUCACAUUUUUAUAUCCUGAUUACUGAAAUAAAACGAAUCUGCCAAAAAUAGUUCAUUAAGAUGACAAUCACCGUUUACCGUUAUAACAUAGUUAUUUAUAGACUCGAGCUCUCUCUUCUGCAGGGACUUUUUGGUUAUAUGUUUAUAGAUUAAAAUGGUUCGAGUGUUUAUCACAUGUGAUAAAGCGCUGGAGCGUAACGCAUAUACGCUUUAUUACGCUCUUGUGCCCCGCAAACCGUAGUCCAUUUGCAGAAUUACUGCAUGGAGUGUAGCACUAUAUACACGCUAGUCUCGACUUCAUUCUUUGAUUUAUUAAAAAAAGUAUUUAUGUUAUAACCGAAUUCAUAUUAGAGACGAGAAACUCGUCUUUGAUGGAAACCUCGUCUAUAAAAACCCGUCUGAAUAUAAAUUUGGGGGAUGGAAAUCCGUCUGAAAUUUUGUGUAGGUUUUAUAUAUAUAUAAUUUUAUAUGUUUGUCUCGAUAAUUUUAGUUCCAGUUUUCCCUUGCUUGGCAACACUUUGUCCGCUAGACGGGAUUUCCGUCUAGUGUUUGGACAGGUGCUUAUUAGCCUAAUAUUUUUUUUCUUCUCAAAAUGUUAUUUUUUAUACCAAUUAAAGAGUAUUUCAUAAUGAUUCGUUGCAGAACUCUGUCCAGAGCUAUACAUACUUACUCCGCAUCGAAGCGUAGAUUAAUAAUAGCUAACUAAAGAUACGUAAUUGCUAGGAGGACUGAAUGCUGCAGAUUGGUAUAGGGAUACAACCCAAAAAUACAAGGAGAACUUCCUUGAAGGCCCUUCUUCGGGAAGUUUGUAUUUUUCAGGUAUAGUUAUAUCCGUACCAAUCCGAAGCUUUCUUAUUAUCAUCACUAGUCACUACCUACACUGACACAGACAGUUUAAGAGAAAUGAAUCACUGGUUUUGUGCCAAAGAAAAUGAAAUAAACUAUAAUAAAUUAGUCGUAAUUAUUUACAUCACAUGCAUGCAUGAAUUAAAUUAAAGUUGUGGAGGUUUCUUUGCCGGUGCUGCUUCAUGUAUCUGCAUCGGUUUAAUUGCUUCCUGCUGUAGGCUUGGAACCUGGUCACUUUGAUCUAGAUAUGGGGGAAUGGAGGAGAGGGGGGUGGUGAACUGAAUCGCGAAGGAGUUAUCCUUAGUUAUAACAAACCUUUCCGUCAAGUAUUAUAAUGAGAUAGUAUUGCUGCAGUAAAUAUUAAGUCUCAUAUACUGAGUUGAACAAUCAUGAUAACUGAACUUUAGAGUCAUUAUUUAGUUUAUCUAAAAUAGCAGGUCAUUUUGCGGUUCAAACUUAAUCUGCAAUUUCCAUGCAUAUAUAUAGAUUACUACCAGCUGUGAGCUGUCAUCGAUUGUGUGCUUGCAUGUGAAAUUACGAGAAAAGAGUUUAGAUAACUGAUAAGAUUGCAUGUUUUCUAUCUGUGUGUGUUAACUGUUUUCCUGCCAGUGGGCGGAAAAUUAACUUUGUAGGCUAAUGUAUUCACUAAAAUCAUCACGUGGUUGAUUUUAUCAGAUGAUUCAUGCCUUUUUCAAUUUCACAAGUAAUUUACGAAAAAUUCUAGUUUCAUCGACAACCGAGAAAAGGUUUGCAGGUAGCUAUAAGGUAAAUUUUAUGAUUUGUAAUUAAACAACUCAGUAUUACUCUCCUCAUGUGUUCGAAUGUGAAUGAUGUAAUGCAUUUAAAGUAUAUAAAUUAUUUGGGACAUUGUUCGGAACAAUUCAUGGUUUGUUUUGUUUAUUGACGGGAUGUUUAUCUCGAAGAAAACCGAAUACUUGUUUGUUUUCAUGUUUCCACAAACCAAAACUUGACUAGACAGUAAAUAAAUAUACGUGCAUGAUCUUAAAUAAAUAUACACUGAAAACAUGCCAAAAUAGUACGUAUAUUAUAUAUAUUAUUACCUGACCAUGUAAUCAUGUAUUGACUAUUAUUGUGUAUAAUACGUGGUGUUAAGUAGUAAAAAUACAACAAAUAAACGUCUCCAAACCAAAAUUUAUAAAACUACAAUGAUCUUAAAACUGAGUUUGUUCUAUAGCUGCACGCUGCGGGAGCAUUUAUAGAAACUGGCUUUGCCGUUGCAAUUCUAUUUUUGUAUUUUAACGGCGGGAAAUAUGGGCAUGGAAAUUGGAAUGACAAGUUUCUUCUUUGGAUAAGAUAUUAGCUAACAUAUAUAUACUAUGAUAAUUAUUAACAUAUAAAUACUAUCAUGCAUGAGUUUGUUCAGUAUUUAAAUGGAUGCUCAACUUUAAAUUGUGCUAAAUAAAUGAUUAUUUCUCAAUCGACUAUUUAUGUCAAAUUAAUUUAUUGCUAUACUAGCUGGAGUAGAUAACAUCGAGUUGGAUUCGAGUUCGAGUUGGGCUUCGAGUUGGACUUCGAGUUGGAUAUUUUUCUUUACUUUUCGGGAAAAUGACAAUUGUAUUUCACCCAACCUUUUUUGCUGCGGAGCGAGCGAGCCUGAAGCAAAUUUACACAUAUGGGAGAAUUUUAUCUUAAACCAUUGUUUACCUACAUUGUGAUCGUGCACGAUCGGAAAUACUCAGUAACUCCUUUUUGUCGGUUGUGCUUACACAACACCUUGUGGUAAUUUUGAGUUACAGAUUACAGUUACAGAUAUUGCACAGCACACUCCCUAUAUCAGAGUUUUUCAGUGACUGGUUAUAUUAGGCCCGGAACUGGCGUGAAGCAGACCGAGGUAGACUGUGAGCGUAAUUAAAGAUGGCGCUUUAAGCAGCCGCUAUUAGUCCAUACCUCUUUAAUGAUCUGCCCCCUGACCUGACAUGGUUUCCGCACAAUUUUUAAAUGUUAUAAUAAAUCUUUUUACAGAGAUACCUUUUUCAUAUGCACUUCAUUGUUUGUAUUCUUAAUUCGAAACAAAAGCACUCGUACCUUAAUUUAUUACUGAUAAUAGACAGUGCCGGGCACCAAAAAAUACACAAUGAGAUAUUUUCCAUAACUAGAUCUUCACUAGUGAAGAUAUCGAUUAAGUGUUCAUUUUCUUUGUUAUUUUUACUAACGACUAUAUAAUAAAAAGAACGUUAAAUACAUGCUGGCUUGAAGUUUCAUAUCUUAUUAUUAUUUUAUCUUCUCGUGGUGAAAACUGAAAACAAUACUGUUUUACUCACUCAAACGUAAAAUUUAUAUCUUCGCACCGCCGUUAGUCUGCGAUAGCAGACUGACUCAGCCGCCGCCCCCGGUCCCCUCUCCCCGGCCCCCUCUCCCCGGCCCCCCUCUCCCACUGUAGCUGCGGAGAAACAGCAGACUAAUCUCAGAGGCAGUGCCAUUCUCGUACCCAGAGCCCUUCUUACGCGCGGUCAACGGAGCGCGACGAGGGGCUCUGGCCAAAUCCAUAUCAAACUGGCAUCUGAUUGGCUACAACGAAGGUUAUUGUUCUAAUACAGGAUAUAUUCUAUUACCAUGUUUUUAUGGUAUCCGGUUAUGGAUUUGGCCAGAGCCCUCGUCGCAUCGCGCGUACGAAGGGCUCUGGGUACGAGAAUGAGGCAGUGCUGAUCAGUCUGCUAUCGUUUCUUUGUAAAAAAAUAGCGAUGCGCAUAUGACGAAUUCACAUGAAGUAUUGCAGUGCUACACGGCCGUCUAAACAUUCUAGCUCUAUGUAGUACUCUCCUUGACCUUUCAAGACUAAUAAUGCAACAUAUCCUCACACGUAGUAUUAGGGAGGCUGGACGCGCAGGGGCGGGAAUAUUAAAAAGGUAGUCAUUUUUAGAUUGGGAUUAGAUUAGAGCCAGAUUAAGAUUAAACCAGGGUUAGGGUUAGAGGUUAGAGUGGGGGUUGGGUGGGGGUUAGGGUUCAACUUAAUAUAAGGCAUAUCCUUAAGUUAAUCUUUAGCAAAUUUGACAAUUAAGGAUAAUCCCUAAUACUACGUGUGAGGAUAUGCAGAACAGUACUGAUAGUUUCGAAUACAUAUUUUGCACGAAACAAUACUUAAACUGUACAAAUUUUAAUAUAUUCUUUUCCAAAAUACACAUAGUAAUUAUACUGUAUAAGAUGUACAACAUAGUGCAUUAUAAAAACGAUUUAUAAUAAAGUAAAUUUACAUUGCUACGUUUCAUUCUCCAUGCUUUUAUAAACGUAAUAACACGUGUUUGAAGUUGCGAAGAAGUAAACAUGAAUCGGAGUUGUUCGGAAAUUAGCAGAACAUUCGGAAACGCCAGUGUAUAAGUAACUCGAAGUUUAACUCGAACUCGAACUCGAAUCCAACUCGAUGUUUCGGGAUUCCCUAUACUAGCUUGGCAGAUUGUUCCUUCGCUGUUGAUACAAUUCAAUAACAUGUUUGUAAAAAAGAAUUAAAAAUCAUGUCUGAAGAGUGAAAAAAUUUAACCUGUAUGACAGAUUGAUAAUAUAUUUUUGGCCAAUAAUAGAAAUUCAAAUGCAUGCAGCAAUGGAAAUUUUUUUCGAACAAGACUUUUUUUAUAUAAAUGUAACUGCCAUAUAAUUUCGUUGAAUAACAUGCAGCUAAGCUUAAAUAGCUAUAAAGCAAAUGUCUAAAAGUAAACGGGUAAAAGUUUGUAGACAAGCUGUCCUUUAAUUUUACGUUUCUUUUAUGGUUAUACUUUAUGCACGAUAUGCAGGAUUCCACAUCAGGAUUAUCAGCCCACGCGUAUGGACUAAUUAUGCAGGUUUCACUAUAAUAUAUAAAACUACAAGGAAUAAUAUAUAUAUAUAUAAAACCAGGGAAGCAUGUGGGGCGAUACAUAUAAUAUCAAACUUUAGUCAGUUUACUUACACCAACCAUGUAGCGGUCAUGAAAAAACCGCAUGUCAUUUAAAAUAUAAAUCCACUCAAUAAAGAAACGAUUAACCACUUUGCUGCAUGUGCAGCACUGACAGCUGUUACCGAAGAAUGGAAAGUUAAAAGAACUAACAGACGGUGAAUGCUAUGAUUGUGGGACUUGUUCGUUUCAUAAACUACACGCAUGCGUACAUGAGGUAAAAGACGAAAAGUUCGAUCAUUACAAAAAUAUUUUAUACAGCGUUUAUUUAGUAUAAACUGUGCUGCUUAAAAUUUAAUUUGCAUACGUUAUUCGCUGGCUACAAAGUUCCCUUGGUUUCACGCGGUGUAAACCUGUAGUUUCUUUGCAUUUCACUGACGACCAAACUAUCGUGUUUUUAACGCAUAUUUUCUUGCAGUUAGAGCGGGCAUCGAAAUACUUUGUAUAUAUGCAUGUGCUGGAAAAUUAAUAUUGUUGCAUCGACGAAAUUUAUAAUUCCACCGCAAAUAAUGUCGCGCGUGAAUAGCAAACGGUUAUUACUCAUGUAUAACGGCUAUUAUUAUUUAACAAAUAUAAAACAUUUUCUGUGUUGAUAUAGAUAUCAACACGAGUGGAAUUGGGAAAACGAGACAUUAUAUGGAAACACGACGCCCGAAGGGCGGAGUGUUUUCAUACAAUUUCGAGUUUUCCCAACUUCCACGAGUUAACAGAGAAGAUUAGUAAGAAAUAGAAUACAGUACCUAUACCAGAUGACUAUGACAUUGGAGAAUACUGAGAAGACAAUAACUGAAAAUAUUCUGUAAAAUUAAAAUGUAUAAGGUCAAGCAUCAGAGGUGCCUUAAACAAUUGCACCGCCAAUACCAGGAGGAUAUUACUAAGAGCUAUUCAUCAUGGCCAUGGUUACAAUAAGAAAAUCACAUUGAACAUUGUUAUAUUAUUCAGAGAUUAUUUGAUUACAUGAUUCCAUUUUUUUAGAGAAUAAUUAAUAGUUAUAAGUGAGAUGAAUCGUGGACAACUGAUUUUUCUUAAAACACUUUUGCAUUAGAAUCAUCAAUGCUGUAACAAUUAAACCGGCAUUGUGAUAAUUAUAUAAAUAUGGCCAAGGUGAAAUGCUGUAAACUGCCACAAAAAUUAUAAAGAAAGCUGAGGAAGACAUUUUAGCAUGUGCGAUGUUAGUCUGACGAAAAUAAUACAGCUUGAUUACUGAGGUGUGUGUAGCCGUCAUACAUAUUUAAUGCAGAUCGACAAAAUGCUGAUCGAGGUCCUAUAAUCGAAAUCAUUGUUUACAUACCUGAUACCUAGACUGUCUGUUCCCACAAACUAUAAGAUAACCAUAAGUAUAUGGCAGGAUUUCCGUUUCGGUUAUACAGAUUAUAUUGCCAUUGAUUUUCAAUAAUUCCAAACAUUGCCAUUGAUUGUAAAUCGCCAUGCAGGGCGCUAUAUAUACUGCUUGGAUUAAAUUUAGCACUUUGCUUCGGAAACAAGUGAGAGUAUUCGUUGCCUCAUUGAUGGUGAAAUUUGGCGAUUGGGUCACACUUCUAAAGACCUAAACACGGGUGUUUCGAAAACGAAGACCUACGGAAACGAAGACCGAAGACCUAAGAUGGGUCUUCGGUCUUCGUAAUUACGAAAUCAAAGACCUGUCUUUGUUUUCGUACUACGAAAACGAAGACCCUAAAAUAUUCAUUUACAUCUCAGGCAUGUUAAUGCCUGGGUCUGCCCACGCUUGGAUGAUAUCUUGCGCGCGUGUUGCACGCGCGAUCUGUCAGUAAUGCGUCUGUUAGAAUAUUCGCCCCUUGUGUGAGUAUUUUAGUGAAUUCGGGCGUUUGCUUCAAAUCAAAAUAUAGUAUAUAUGAGCGACAGGAUUAUUUUGGAAUAUACAAUGCAAAGAAGUCGGUAUACUAUUCAGUUUUGAUGUAAUAAUUGGCUUUUUGUAUAGCAAUAAGUAUUGUAUCAUUUGCGACAGCUGACCUUUGAACUGCUGAUAAAUAAAAGCUUCUUAUAGUGCGCUAUCUUGCGAUUAUUCAGUAUUAAUUGUUGACUGUUUCUUAUUUUCAAUGAAAAAUUGCUUGUGAAUUACAAAUUAAUAGCACAUAUAGUUCACUCGGUCUUUUCCACCAUGGCAUACUUCCCUUCAAGCAUUAACUAUGCUUCCGAUAUCGGCUUGAAUGCGCAAUGAAUGUUGUUAUUGGAAAUAUAAUAUCCCUUACAAUAAGCGGCAGACUGUUUCAUUAUGGCGCGUGAAAUUCAUCACGCGAAAAACGCGUUCGACUUGCAGCAGGGUAAUUUGACGAAAUUUUGCUAUUUUUGCUAGCUAAAAACAUUAACAAGGGAACAAAGUUUCCUGCGUUAAUUUGGAAACCGUACAUUUAUUUGUAGCUAACUUUUAAUGACGCGAUUAACAUUCGUUUGAUGCCGAUCAUCGUAAUAUAGCCGCAUAAAAUAAUGAAACGAAGCCUAAACGUAAACUUUCCGAAUUUAUUCAAUAAACAGUGAUAUUAUGGGUGAAUGAUUAUCGCAAUUCUGCGUCAUCUCAGUCACGAAAUAUACUGCUGCAGAGCCUCUGAUUAAAAAGUAUCAUUUUUUCUGUUGUUUUUCGAAAUAUACAUCACGUGAUCGUUGCCAUGACAACGAAAAGUAGGUCAACUUUUAGAAUCUCCUUUGAUAAAUCAUAUAAAUCUUGAAUGAUAAUAAUCAAGGCCAUACUUAUUUUUUUAUGAUUUUUUGUUUAUUUUCGCUAAAUACACAAACUGAGACCCAGGCAUUAAUGUACCUGAGAUUGUUUUCGCGAAAAUAAGCCUAAAAGUGUCGUGAAAUUAAUUACAAGGCAAAUUAUUUAUUUUAUUAAUAUUACUAUAUAACUUAAUGUUUAUAUUUGGUAGUUACGUUACCUCCCGAUCAGUUUUAUCACAGAGUACUUACAUUCAGUUCUGAGGGAAAACCGUAAUAACUGAAAAAAGGCAGUUUUUACCAAAAUAGCUGGUGGCCAUGUUCUCAGCAAGUGACCUAAAGUUAAGAGAGGCCCUGGAAGAUUAAAUUUCAAUAUGUUUUCAGGGGGAUGACUGCCUCUCCUUAAGGCACUUCCUAAGAACAUAGCGUAUACUGAAAAAAUCCCUUACGCUAAAUUAACCUGAAUCAUGCACUGAGACAUCUGUGUGUACGUAUACUUUGUGGUUCUAUUGGUAUUACUGAUUCAAACUGAUCAGGGUUUAUUUUAACGUGCACACAAAAUGUGCAGUUCUAAACCCAUUUGUGCAGUUCUUAAAACACAAAUGUGCAGUCACCAAACUAAAAAAAAUAGCCUUAAUUAAAACAGUCUUCUCAUUUACUCGUUACCCUUGUGGAUGCUCCAGAAAAUUCCAGAAAUACUGUCAUUAAUUGAGCAUCAAAAAUAUAAACGAUUUCUGGGGAAGACUCCAGACCAUCCUAUUUUCCUCACAACUGACACUUAUGUGCUGGGGUAAUGGAAAAGAAGGUAAAAUUGGGGCGAGCGAAGCUCCCCAAAAGAGAUUAGAGUGGGAAAACCUAAUAUUCUUUGCUGCCUCAAAUGCAAAUUUAAGGUUGUGAUUCCCGAUGAUUCCCAGUUACAUGUUUUGAAACAGUUUUUGUGAGUGGUUGGAUAAAACAAAUCUUUGCCAGAACUUAACAGCCUCUAGAUUCAAAUUGUUUUGGGGAACACCCCUAGCUCCCGCACCCAAAAAUCGAGUUUGUCUGGCCUUUCUCUAAUUCUACCACCCAACCACACCAUUAUUCUGUCACCUAUGUGCAGGUAAAAAAUCCGUUGCCUUCGAAACAUCCCUAUGUGUGCAGUUCUAAAUCAAACACCCGUUGCCUUCGUAACAUCCCUAUGUGUGCAGUUCUAAAUUUUUCUUAAAACAAACCCUGAAACUGAUUUGCCCGGACAUUGGAGACAUUGACUAGACUGCGAGCGGUCCCUCCUUUCCGCGUGUUUAGAUUUCCGGGCACGAGAAAGGAAAGGAGGGACUGCAGACAACACAGUCAAGAAAUGAAAUCGCGUUGCCCACACAACGCAAAAUUCCCAUUGGCGAAAUCGAUACGCCUGUCAAUCAAAUCUGAUAUGUAGUAAUUAUGCUAUAAAUAAUUUCCAGAGUGAAUGUUGAUUUUAUACAGGGUGUGUCAAAAUAAAAGUAAUCGAACGUCAGCGCGCUAUUGUGUCUGAAUUACUGCGUAUGAACGAGAUUUUUUCAUCUUCGGAAAGAUCAGGCUUUUAGCUGUUGAAUGAUAUGUUCUUCAUGCCAGAUGGAUAAAAAAUAAGCAAGUACGAGUCUGAUAAAAAAUGCUAGUCAGAUAGCAUAUUUUCACCGUUGUAAUAUGCGAUUCUGACUAACAUUUUUUAUCGGACUCGUACUUGCUUAUUUUUUCUCCACUUGGCAUGAAAAACAUGUCAUUCAACAGCUAAAAGCCUGAUCUUUUCGAAUAUGAAAGAAAAUGUUCAUACGCCGAGUAAUUCAGGUACAAUAGCGCGCUGAAGUUCGAUUACCUUUUUUUAUACACCCUGUAAAUAAACAUGACAUUAACGGUUUCCUAUUGGAUAGAUUUAAUUGGAUAUAGUAAUGUUUAUGCAAAGGCGGAGCCAAUUUGACAAGAGCGAAAAGUGGGCGUAUUUCGCUCCCUGAUCUCAAAUUUCACGCCCGCAAAUUAUUCCCGCCCGCAUCGAAAGGCCUGCGGAGGAGGUAGGCUUCUUGCUGUGUUGUCUGCGGUCCAUCAUUAGCGAGCUUAAGCAUGUAAGACCUGCCUCCUCCGCAGGCCCUUACUAUUUGUAGAUCAGUGUAUAUAUAGACAUAUCAGUUUAAUAUAUAGAUCAGUGGCUGAACAAAUCUGUUGUGACCCAGAGGUUGUGACCCGCGCGCCCCCAUUAAUUUUCGUCUUUUACUAAUUAAUUAUCAUUUGGGCCUGGGGACGAGGAUGAUUAAUUAUUUGAUAGCAGGCGACUGGGGACGAGGCAGAUGUAAGACGGCAAUGCGACGACGACGGCCAAAGCAAAUCCCUUCAAAUAAAUGAUAGUAAAGAACACUUGUCGUAUAUUAUAAUUUGUAUGAAUUUAAUACAAUAUAGGAAGCUGAAAACAUUGGCUUUAUGUUUGAGAAGAGUUCUACUGACCGAAUUUUAAGUUGCACUUGUUACGGCUUGAAAUGUAGACGUUGUAUAAAAGACGUGAAAAUCUGUGAUUUGCCGUUGUAAACAGAACGAUGACCACGUCUGAAACUCCCCUGGGACUUUGAUUAUUUAUUUCUUUUUAUUGACUCAUUGUAUUGGUUGCCGUCGUCGUCGUAUUGCCGUCCUAUAUGCUUAAGCUCCCUAAUUCUUCGAGGGACCACUCGCGGUCUAGACAUUGACAAUAGUACAGCAAAUGCAUAUAUACAUGUGGAAUAUUGCUAAAGUUUUGUUAACAUUGUACAUUUUGCAAUUGUAAUUCUGACAUUCUGUUGUUAACAUUUUACAUUUUAAAGUUAUUUAGCUAUUUCUUACUAGUCUGAUGUUUGCCUUUGACUAUAUUAAAAAUACAUGAGUGCUUUACUGGUUUAGGUUUCUAGUGAUUCUAUUUUUAUUGCUGAAUCGUAUUUUCCUAGAUCAUAUACUAUAACAUGUUAAUUUGCGCAAUAUAAAUAUUAAAUUAAUAUUAUUAUUAUUAUUCCUUAAUUUUUUCCAACAAUUUAUCGAAAAUUUUUCGCAACACUUUUACGCUUAUUUUCAUGAAAAUAACGUAUAAAUGAAUAUUUUAUGGUCUUCAAGACUUCGUUUUCGUAGUACGAAAACAAAGAUGGAUCUUCGUUUUCGUAGUACGAAUCAAAUACCUUUCAAAACCACAAGUACAGAAACAUCAAAUACCACCUCUGGAAUGUUGUUGCCAUGGUUUUACCACUGGUCUCUAUAUAAUAUGUGCACAGGUGUAAAUAUCGACAGGGAGGUUGUGUUGCCCACUAUGAACAAGUUGUAAACAAUGUUGUUGCACGUUUUGUUGACAACUUGUUCAUGCCUGUCAAUAUCAACCAGGAACAAGUUGUUGAUUUUCUCAAUGUUUAUGUGUGUACCGCUGUGCUUUUUAUUACAGAUUCAGAAACCAUCACAUUUUAAAGAUUAUCUAGCCUGCGUAGCAGGCGUUUAGCUGACGGGCGGGUACACAGGAAACGUCUGCCCAAAUGGCUAUGACAAAUUUGUUUUCGCCCAUUAAGGAUGAUUGACGUUUUGUAAUUAGCACCUUCACCCAUUAUCCAAUCAUAGUCGAGAUUUAUAUUUAGCAUCAUGCAUGCUUUUUGCUCGGCAACUACGGAGAUUUGCAGAGAUUUUAUGCACUAUUUAAAACACGAGCAGCAGUGUUUUAUCAGAUAUAAAGAUGGUCUGAUAAAACACGCACUGCAAAUGUUUUAAAUUGCUUCAAAAACGAUCGAUCUAGUAUACGUUCAUUGGCGAAGUAGCUUUCAAAAAAUUCGGUGUGUAUAUGUAGAGAAAAUCAUUAAAAUUUAUGUAAAUCAAGGGAAAUCUCUCACAUAUAUAUAUAUCAAGGAUACGACACGUUUAUGAUUUUUUCUUUGUGUUUUCCUCAUGAAUUAUUGAGUUUUUGAAGCUAUUUUAGACAACAGUCAGUCACAACGUGCACAGAGUUUUUAUCUUUUAAAAGACUCCUGAACUACGGUUGUUUAACGUAUUCUGCCGUAUAGCAAAUAUAACAGUUGAGCAUGUUUUGAAAUGUUAUUCUUAAAAUCAUCAUCCAACCUCAUAGCUGCAAUGCCAAGUGAUAUAGCCUCAACUAUCUGGUCUUGAAUUAUACUUUAAAGUGAACAAAUAACAAGACAACUAUAUUAAAGAAAUAUUCAGGAUAUAUUUAAAAUGUAUAAUUGAAAGAUCAAACUUUUCCGUACUCCUUAGGAAGAAUUCGAAUCGCGAUAUCGAAGAACCGGCGUCUUCACCACGUAGCAAAUUAAUAAUAAUACUUUCUCUGUUCUGGUUCAACUGAAUUUCGAAGCCUAAAUACUUGAAAUAUAAGAAAGUUUCCUCGAAAGCAUUAACAUGCGGCAUAUUUUUGAUACGCGACUAUAAACGCGUCAACGCGAGCAAAAUUAUUGUUGACAUUUGAGUUACGUAAUUACUUCCGUUAACAAGAUUAACCAAUGGGAAGCUUUUCCGAAGAUUCUUCGGAGAAGAACAAAUUAAUCAUAGACAUUUGGGCAGGCGUUUAUUUAACGACGCCCUUUCUUCUCCCGCCCGCACUAAACGCCUGCUACGCAGGCUAAAGAUUAUCUUGAGUCCAUGACUUUAUUUUUUUAUAUUCUUUUAUAUUCAAUAUAUCAUAUAGGAUGUAGUAUAAAUCUAUUACGGCAAAUUAUAUAUUAGAAUCAUGUACUGCAUUUAACGACACAUCUCUUUCGAAUUUUAUGCUUUCAGAAUCAGUUAAGUUUCUAUACUCUAGUAUAAUGCUAUUUGAUGAAGCCAUAUUUUAGUAUUUAUUCAAUUUAUUUUGAGGAAGGUUUGAAAACUUUAAAUUUUACCCGGAGGAAAUUUAAACAGGUUUUGCAGCUCUGAGGGGUUGUUGCAUACAUGUAUUUCUAGUUUAACUAUAUUAGGGUUUCAAGAAAACUUAGAGUCAGAGAAGGUUGUAUAUUAUUGGAAUAUAAACGUUUCCAAACGGUUUCCUGGGUAACAAGUCCAUAAUUUAAUGUUGAAAUAUAAACAAUUUAAAAUGUGUUGUUUUGCCUUUUAACACAGCAACCUUUCAUGUUGAAUUUCAAAUCUGAACAUGAGAAUUGGACGGGAGUCAAGUCCAAGCGGCUUGUAAUUCCAGAACCCGCGUCUGCCGCUAUAAGUGCAAGAAAACCCCCUGCAGUGUGAAUUUGAGGUUUGAAACCGUUAACCACAAAUGGCCAACUUAAAAUCGCAUUUGAAUGUAAGGUCUACAGUUUUGAUAGCUAUAGAAUUAAGUAGUUAAUUCAUGCUCCAAUCUUAGUGCAUAAGUUGCCCUAACUUCGAACAGCUAACAGUUGACUUCAAGUUACGAUUUCAAGUUUGCCGUUUUAGUCGAGGACCUGCAUGUAUAUGAGUUUGUAUGCAUUUCAUUUAGGACAGAUAAUCUCAACUGUUUUAGGGUAAGUUGACCAUGACGGUCAACAUGGUAACGCUGCCCGAACCCCAAUUCGGGACGAAACGUCCGAAACUGACCACACCCAAAAACGACGCUUUCGCCAUAGUGCUAUCUACCAAACCAUACAAGCUUUGGCUAUGAUGAAGUGCUUAUAUGGUUCAGAGAUGGUGCUUUUAGGGGUGGUCAUUGGUAAGUGUGAAAUGCCUAGCAAUGAUAUUUCACAAGAAAAUGACCAUGAAAUACUCAUAGUCAAACGUCAAUUUGUGGCUUACAACUUCAGAUAAACAGCAGUGGACCUAUAUUACCUUUUUUCCUAAGUAUUUUUGAUAGAAACAUAAUUGGUGCUUAUUUAAUUAUAUUAUCACUGUUUUGGUGUAAAAUGGUUAAUAUUUUGUGACCGAAAUAAUAAUUUCAAAUGUACCUACCUCCUGCAAUGGACGUAUUUGACCAAAUUGUCCACUUUACUCCGCUGUUUAUCGCAGAUCUCGCUGAAAUCCUUCCAAAUAUGCAAUUCAGCUCAAACAUAACGGUAUCAAGCACAUUUUAAACAAGUUUUAACUGGGUUUCAAGUAGAUCCUACCUGUUUAACCAUCGACAAGGUAAAACCUCAACUUUGUCCAAAUUCGGCGCCAUUCUGUCAUCCCGUUCGGUUGUGCACAUUUCGGCCCCGUUCUUCUUCCAUCGAAGAAGGACAAGAAGUGAUAAUGACAAAUUUAACCCUUUGUUAAGGGUAUUAAAAUAAAAAUACAAUAAAAAAUGCGAAAUGCAGCAUUUUAUCACCAUGAAAGAUGUUGCUUACGAGUCUUUCAAAACAUUCCGUACAAAUCUCGCGUGGGAAAGUAACAGGGACGUGACAGGGGGGUGGAGACUUAAAAAAUAAAAGCAAAGGCACGCAGAACGCAGUAUAAUGAUAAAACCAACAAUCAACAUUUAAUUUGUAUUUUCAUAUUACAGGUAAUAGUAUGUAUUUAUUUCUCGCUACAAGAAAUAAAACAAACGUUUGUAUCAUUGUAUUUAGUUUUUGUUUAUUUCACGCAGCCUUCGUGAAAGAAUUCAACCCCCUGUCAGGUUCAACCCCCUGUCAGAUUUUUAUUUCAAUAGACUUAACAAAGGGUUAAAUUUGUCAUUAUCACUUCUUAUCCUUCCUCGAUGGAAGAAGAACGAGGCCGAAAUGUGCACAACCGAACGGGAUGACAAAAUGGCGCCGAAUUUGGACAAAGUUGAGGUUUUACCUUGUCGAUGGUUAAACAGGUAGGAUCUACUUGAAACCCAGUUAAAACUUGUUUAACUUAACAUAUUUGGAAAGAUUUCAACGAGAUCUGCGAUAAACAGCGGAGUAAAGUGGAGAAUUUGGCCAAAUACGUCCAUUUGCAGGCGGUAGGUACAUUUCAAAUUAUUAUUUCGAUCACAAAAUAUUAACCAUUUUACACCAAAACAGUGCUAAUAUAAUUAAAUAAGCACCAGUUAUGUUUCUAUAAAAAAGAUUUAGGAAAAAAGGUAAUAUAGGUCCACUGCUGUUUAUCUGAAAUUGUAUGCCACAAAUUGACGUUUGACUAUGAGUAUUGCAUGGUCAUUUUCUUGUGAAAUUUCACACUUACCAAUGACCACCCCUAAAAGCACCAUCUCUGAACCAUAUAAGUACUUCAUAAUAGCCAAAGCUUGUAUGGUUUGGUAGAUAGCACUAUGGCGAAAACGUCGUUUUUGGGUGUGGUCGGUUUCGGGCAUUUCGUCCCGGAUUGGGGUUCGGGCAGCGUUACCAUGUUGACCGUCAUGGUCAACUUACCCUAAAACAGUUGAGAUUAUCUGUCCUAAAUGAAAUGCAUACAAACUCAUAUACAUGCAGGUCCUAGACUAUUUGAGGUUAGCGGUUUGCUUGCCGUAAACGUCAAUCUUAAAGUCCCUAAUGACAUCUCAUACUCAUAAGUCAUAAUUUACUGAACUGAGGGGCCCUACUAGAUAUUUUGAGUCUGAUCAAUAUAUAAUGGACGACUAAAUUGCGCUUUAGAAAAAUUUUUAACCUGGGAAUAACAAAGAAUAUUUUCGAAAAGAAGUUAUCAAAAUUAGAAAAACUGCAAAGUUUGGUUGCGAAAUGUUGUAAAAUACGGAAAAUAUAGCCCUGCGAAGUUGGCAAAUUUGUAUACAUUUCUAUUACGUGCGGAAAUUGGUAACUCGAGUAAUUUAGUUACCAAUUCACGCACGUAAUACAAAAGUAUACAAAUUUGCCAACUUUGAAGGGCUAUAUUUUCCGUACUGUUUUACAACAUUUCGCAACCAAACUUUGUAAUAUUACUAAUUCCAAGACGCUCUUUCUAGCUGUGGUGAUAGAUUUCGUUGUUCUUACUUAGGCCCGGUUUAGACGGCGAACUUUUCAUGCGCCGAAUCUAAUGCAAGAAUUAAGUGCGACGCUGGAGCGGCGUCUAAAUCAAUUAAGUUCGGCAGGUUUUGAUUAAGUUCGACACGACUCGAAGAUGCGACAGGACAAGUCGUAUAUGCGACACAGGUUCGACAUUGAUUUAGACGCCGUGCUUUUCAUGCGCCGAACCUAAUGCAUAAUUAUUUUUUAACACCAUAAUAUGAUUAUCAUAUAUUUGCAUUGUAAAUAUUUCCAAUAUAAUGUCUUCGCAAUUUGGUACGGUGCAAUUAAGUUCGACGUCUAAAUCAGUUUCCGAUAUUUUGCCGUAUCUACGGCAAUUAGAUUCGGCGUCCAUUCACCAGUUAUAUAUCUAUGUAUAGUAUCAUCAUGCAUGAGCAGGAUAAAGCAAUAUGUAUUGUUGGCUAAUUUUCUCAUGGAUUAUUAAUGAGCUUGAGCUGAUACAUACUUAACAGCCAUCAGUAUCUGUAAAUUGAAGAAAAGACUACAGUUAUUACAGUAAAUCUAAUUCAUCACAAGAAAACGUAAUAAUCUAAUUCAGUAAGUAUACCGCUAUUGCAUGUUGAGUAUUGUUUAUCAAAUGAUGCUCUUAUACUUUCUAGACUGCAUGAGAUGGGCAUGUGAUUUAUACUUGCUUAAAACAUGUUCAUAUAUACUGCAGCAUAUAUAUGACUAUAUAUAUAUAUAUAUAUAUAUAUAUAUAUAUAUAUAUAUAUAUAUAUAUAUAACCUGGUUUACUUCAUAAGAUUUAUUCACUACAAGCUUGAGCUACAACAACACAACGAAACGCUGCAGUCUUUGUACACAUGAAAAAUUCAUUAUAAUCUACCACCCUGAACUUUGUUCUUUAAAUUCAAGAAGUGAACUUUUAUCGAAAUGCAGACAUAGUCUAGUAAUCUAGGCUAUACGUAAUUUAAUACUUGAACAUUCCGUUUACGUCAAACAUGUACAGUAGUAUAUAUAACCUUGGCAACAACAUAGCGCGACAUUUAAAUUCACCUGAUGAGUGUGGCAAGCAUUGCUUGUCAUACGAAACAAGUUUGUAGUGAAUAAACAUUACAUUACCUUUAACUUUGGAAAAUAAAGUAUUUAUUGAUUUCUCGAAUAUAUAUACUAUAUAUAUAUAUAUAUAUAUAUAUAUAUAUAUAUAUAUAUAUAUAUAUAUAUAUAUAUAUAUAUAUAUAUAUAUAUAUAUAUAUAUAUAUAAUAUCAGACGGCAAUUAACUGUGUAUGUAUAGCUGCAAAACAAUUUCUAAUACGUAUACUAUAUACUGAAGAAGCAUCAUAAUUAUAUCGGAUAUCUAUAUGUUGCAGUCAGACAACUUUAAAUUUAGUUCGUUUAAUUAAUUUAAUUGGUUAAAUUCAUGUAGGCUAACUUAUUAACUUCAUGGAUUUUUGUAGUCCCGUAAAACUUUUUAAUGUUUAAAUUUAAUUAAAUGUGGAAGCCUUAUGUGGACUAUUUGGACUAAUUAGUUGACUGUAGGCUCGGAUUCCAGCCGUUAGGGUUCUCGCCACAAGUUGGCUGUUGCUGAGUAUUUUUAAUAAAAUGUUCCAGAAUCCAUCUUGUCAUUUUAAAGUCAUGAUUUUAACAUCCGUUGUAAUAUAUAUAUAGCUAAGUACACUUCAUAGAAAUUUUUUAAGUCAAUGACAAUGUUGUCUAUAUAUCUUUGAUAUCAGCCUUAAUUUGUAACAUCUGCAUUUUAUCACUUCCGGGUAUUAGGAAGCAGCCGUUUUGAAUUUUAAAAUGUUCGAUAAAGCUGUUACAUACAGUUUCUUGAUAAAACUGUUAAGUUUAGUUCAGAUUAUCCUCUUAUUCAUAUGAAAUACAUAAUAUGGCUAUAUAUGGGAUGAGUAGCUAUGUGUUCAAUUAAUGCACCCGACGUCCAUAGUUGGCAAACCGCCUUGUGGUAGAAAGUAACGAUUUGUGGCUGCGAAAAUCGCAUGUUAAUUAUAACGCACCUGCAGCUGCAACAGAGUUCCCUGCAGGAUGUUGAAAUAUUUUCGACUUGUUUAGAUACACAUUGUAACCCAUUGUUUAUUUGAAUAAAGUAGCUAUCGAAACAAAACCUAAGAAUAUCGGAUAGAUUUUCGGCUUCAUGUCAAAGCAAUUACACCCAUUGGGUCCACGCCACGGCCAUGUUGAAAUUUUUCCAGCUGGGUCGUUUAAUUUAUUUAAUUUAACGCGCAAUAGCUACAAAUAAUCAGAAAAUAUUUGUUCUACUAUGCAUCGUUCCGUUUGGAUUAGUUGAAAUGAUCUUUUUCAUCCAACAACAACAGUUCCAUGUGUUAAAGUUAAUAUAAGUGCAAUGUGGCUGAAAAAACCCCAAUAAAUAGAGUAAAAUAAAUACGGUUUUAGUUUAUUUACAUCAUGAUAUUCCAUCUCAAAUAUUGGAAAGUUGAUUAAAUUAAUGUACGAGUUUAAAACUGCAGCCAUGUGUAAUUAUAACGGCUGGACACGCAUAUAGAUUUAAUCUUUAGAAUAUAUUGUAAUCAAGAAAGUCAAACCUCUAUUGUUUAAUUCAAUAUCUAUAUAGCUUACACUAGAUAGUAAAAUAUAAAUAAUCAUUUUUUUCAUCGCGCUGAUUCCAAGUAUUUAUUGCGUGUGCAUUGUAUACUGCAUGCAUUCACAUUGUCCAUGUUCAAGUUUGAAAACUGAUGGAGUGAUGAACGUCAUAAUCUAUCAACAGUGUUGAUUUCCUUAGGCAUAUAUUCAUUAAUGUACUCGCGGUUUUAUUAAUUGUGAAGGCGGCAAAAAGACUCUUAAGGUUUGUUUAUAUCACGGGCGAAUAUUUGUUUUUAUAUUUUGAAUUUCACCUGUUUAUGGCGGUUGUUUUGUUGUUAAGAGUAUGAUUGAAUGCCGAACAUUCGAAUAAUAUACAAGCAUGCAUCACAGCCUGUUUUUGUUGCAAACCAAACAUUUAUGGUAUACGUCAAUAUCAUGUAGGCCGCUACUUUGGAAGUUUAUUAUUGGGCCGAGACAAGAUUUUCCUCAUGCCGUAACGAUUGAUCAAUGUAUAAAUUUAAAGUCAGUUGAAAUAAUUAUUUUACUUACAAUAUGUCAAUGACGUUAAAUUUAAUGUACUAUUCGGUCCAUUCAUAUCAAAAGUGCCUUACAUUCAUGUAGCUGUUUUCGAGAUUUUUUUAUUCGUACUACUCCGAAAUAUAAUUGCUUGAAGAGAUACUUGAAAAAUAGACAGCGAGAUUCAUUUUGUUGUCAAAACAGAGAUAUAUUGGAUAGUGUGCAAAUCUUCACCAAGGAUUUUAUUUUUUUAGGUGUGUAAAUAAAACAAGAGCUUAUAUACAGGAAUUUAGGAAGUCAAGCGGAUUAACAGUCGAGUAA